AGUCGCCUCUCUGCAGUGGGCUGGUCGGUGCGGAGGGAACCGGACCGAGACUCCAGUGACUCGGUGACCAUCAGUGACUCUCCGUGUCGCGGGCGACACCAUGAGGACCUCGCUCUGUGCUGUGCUGGCCGUCCUGGCCGUGGCGAGUGCCGAGAACUUGUAUCAGGCGAUCGAGCAGAAACCGGAUCUCAGCGAGUUUUUCGAGCUGAUCAACGCCAGCGAACUGUUCUCGAUCACGCUGAGGCGGGCUGAGGGCACUGUGUUCGCGCCCACAAACGCAGCGCUGCAGAAGGUCCGGGGGAGCGGGGAUGUCAACAUCCAGUACCACCUGGUGAACCGUGCCAUGACAUCAGCCCAGCUGCGGAACAAACAGUCCGAGGGCUCCUCGCUGAAGGGCAAUCAGAAGCUGUUCUUCAGCCUGCAGAAGCGGCGGGGUGGCGAGGACGACAUUUUCGUUAACAACGCCCGGAUCGUCACCAGAGAUUUGGCCUUCACUUCAGAGGACGGCUCAAACCAGUAUCUUCACAUUAUCGAUGAAGUUCUAGAGCCCACCAUUCCCAGCAACAAGAACUCGAGGUACUACAACCCAAACGCACUGAAGUUACUGAGCGACUCCGCCCAAUACAGUCUUGGAGAGUCCAGCAUCAAAAAGUUCUACAAGAAGGUGCAGGAUCUGGACAAGACAAGUGUAUUCGGAACCACCGAGUUUCACACCUAUUUUAUACCAGUGGACGCAGGAAUGCAGGGUGUGGAGACGGAUGUGGACAGGGUGGUGGUGGACGGACACAUGAUCCCCAACAAGGUGCUCUUCACGCGCACCAUGGGUAACGACAGCUACGAGACGAUGGCGUUCGGCGACAUGCUGAAGGUGACAGGCCAGCUGCGAGUCCAGCCCUACCCGGAGAAGACGCCCGGCUCCUUCUUGUUGAAAGUCCAGAAGUACGUACCGCCGGUGAAACGUCCGGAAAAGCUCUAUGAAAUUCAGAGCCGCACCCUUCUCGGUGACGCUGAACACAGCAGCGGCUCCGUGCUGGCCAAAAUCGUUAAACCCAACAUCGCGGUGGAGAACGGCGUCAUCCACUUGAUCGAGAAGCCCCUGAUGGUGAUGGAGAACUCGGCGUUCGACUUCAUCCAGCGAGGGUCAGAGGAUCGGUUCUUCAUGUUCUUCGACCUGCUGAAGAACAAUGCGCCCGAGUUCCUGGACACGCUGCGGCAGCGCACGGACGGCACCAUCUUCAUUCCGUCCAACGACGCCUUCUACACCGUCGACCAGAAGCGGCUGACGGAGAUUAAGCUGUCGCCCGAUAGGCUGAAGAAGCUCCUCAACUUGCACCUGGUCCCUACCCGGGUCACCACUCAGGACGUCAGAAAAAUACCCGGAGCGACGCUGUUCAGCGUGCCCUCGGAGGACCAGAGCCGCUCUCUCUACCUCUCCGUGUGGGGAGUGGCCGGAAAGAACCAGACGAUGACGGUCGAGGGUGGCGGCACCAACGCCACCGUCGUCAUCGCCGACAUCGCCGCCCGCGACGGCGUCAUCCACAUCAUCGACAAGCUGCUGGGCGUGCCGUACCGCUCCGUCGGAGAGAAACUGGCAGUCGAUGCCAUGAUGAGUGAUACCAACACCCUGGCGGUGCAGACCAAGUUUUCCAAGGGUGUGAGCCGAAUGGACAAGAAGUUCACCAUGCUCGUCCCGUCCAAUGAUGCGUGGAAGAAGAUUCAGAUGGAGUACGUGACCUCGCACAAGUCGCUGUUCGAGGGACGAGCGUCGCACCCGGCCAACACGAUUCUGGAGCGUCACUUUUUGAUUGGUGAGGCGCUCAGUAUGGAUGACCUGGUCAACAAGUCCAAAGAGGAAGACGGCGUGAAGUUCUACAAGACCACUUUCCAUGUGGAGAAUGCACCCGGAAUGUCAGGCUACUUGGUCAAGUGGCAGGGGAUGCAGGCACGCGUCACCCGCUCCAACGUCGAGUGCACCAACGGCUACAUCCACGUCAUCGACUCGGUGUUCAUGCGUCAGCGUGACGUCACCACGGCGUCAUCGGCGGCGGCGCUGGCCGGCUCGGUGGCGUGCCUGGUCGCCGCGCUGGCAAUGUUGCGGCUGUGAGCUGCGGGCCCAGUCAGGGGCGAAUCCACUGCAUCUCAACAGUCUCAGCGAGCGACCGGCAGCGCGGGGGAGGGCCGGGAGGGGUGUGAUGUGUGUGAAAGAUGAGUGGAGUAAACUGGGUGGCGUGUGUGCGAAGAAUGAGCAAAGCGGCGGAAAGGUGCAUAGGGUGCCGGCCUGUCCACUGAAUGCUUGUGUGGGCUGAUGUGUGUAGAGUUACGGAGCGACUAAUUGGGUCUGCCGGUGGGUGUCUAAGCUGGGAGGGGUUCCGGGCCGUGUUUGGUCUGCGGGGUCCAGAGAUUCUGGUCUGUGUCUCAUCCUUUGAACGACAGGUGGCGCGCAGGUCGCCGAGCAUGGCGCGCAGGUCGCUGUAGAUGGCGCGCAGGUCGAGUCGCGAGCUGCCAGGUCCGAUGAUCCCCAAAGAGACGCGUAGUGGCGGCUUUGUAGCGAUGCUCACAGAGAGCUAUUGCUAGUGAGUUGGUGUGGAACGGGAUGAUGCUGGGACUACCAAAAUCAGCUCCUGAGCCCCGCUAACGGCUUCCAUUCCGAGGGCACGGUACGAAAGGCAUUAUCCACAGCGACAAUGCGGACUGAUGCCUAGGGGCUGGAUAAAUCUCCUGUCGGUGUGAAGUGAUUUAAUAGCGAGUGUGGAGGAAGAGGACUGUAAGUCACAAACCACCAGUCUAGGGUCGGAGUCUGAAUCGAUGAUGAUCAGUGCUGCUGAAAAGGUGUGCAGGAACGAUUCGACAGCCGAUUAUUCGUUGGUCUGAGAUGCUUUACAGUCAGUUGUAAUUUGUGAGAGUAACUGUAAAGUAGGAAUAUGACUCCACCUUAUAUUGACAAGUGACCACUACCGAACGAAGCCAUUGAUUAAGAGCGUUCUCGAAGAUCGGGGAAGUCUCAGUGCCUCGAGUGUAGAUCAAAUCCAGUAACGAAUCUCGAUUACGAAUCUCCAGAGAAUCGCCGGUGAAAUGUCGUCCUAGUGGCAAGCGCGUCCUGCUCUGUUUCGGGGAAAUGUCUAGCCUCAGCGCCGCCUGCCUGUGGUCUAUUAGUCGCUUUUGAUGAGCGAUACAACGGCAUUUAACGUGUAAACUUAGAGGCAUUGUCUCAGUGCUACUGCACCUCGAGCGUCUGUUUGUGUGUCUGUGUGCUCUAUGCUUUGUGAGGUACGUCUGCUCGUCCGAAGCUUUGUUCAAGGUGUAUUCACGGGUCGUUUGUGUCAGUGGGCUUGCAUUUAGUCCAAAGAAGUCAACUAGGCGGCGCAUUGAAGAGCUAGGAUGUAAGUGCCAGUGAAGGUGUACACGUCUGUGUUCCGUUUAGUAUUUGAAUUCACAUUAGCUCUCACUUUGAGUCAGUACUUUGUGUCGGGGCUUUAUGUCAGUGACGGGAGAAAUGAGGCUGGUAUUUCAUGUCCAAGCUUUGUGAGUUGCCGCUCCUGGUGCUCGAGCACUGUGCGGCGGCCGAAUAUAGGAUCUGUAGGGGCGAACUUUGUCAGUUGGUCCCCCCAGCCUGCUUCACCCUAGGGGCGAGGAACCGUGGUGAAAUGGCGCCUCUGUCCGCCGGGCCGGGACAGGCAGCCUCUGUCAGGGCGAUUGUGUCGCUCGCUUCGAGUACGUAUAAUGUACAUGCUUAGCUAUGACUGUGUAAACUAAGUCCUCAGACAUACUAUGUUUUGAUGUUCGGUGAAGACACUACUGCCACGAAGCCUCAAUACCACACUGGUUCUGGUGAGGAGCA